GUACCCCUCAGUUCAAUCUCCAGUACCCCCCAAAAAAAUGUCCAGAACCUUCCUUGGAAGGUCAAACUGACAAUGGGGAAGCAUUUUGUAAACUUCAAGCCACAAGGAGGCAUAGAGAGGUGGCAAGUCACCACAGCCAGUAUCUCCAGACCUGGGGAACUUAUGCUGGCCACCCCAAAGGGGCCUGGACUGAGCCCCAGAAUUCUGUAGAGGAGAUUCAAAGGCCAUGACAAAGCCACACAAAGUCCUGGGCACAUGGAAGAAGUGCAGUUCAACAAAGAAUAUUCUGAUAGCACAGCCUGAGGUCACAGGCUGGCAGUUAAGGUCCCUGACCAGACCAAAGUCCAGCCUGGACCGGGGACAGGGCACUGGCCAUCAAUAAGCAUAUGCUCACUCUGGGGUCCCUUCAUUCCCUGCCCAGUUCUCUAAACAUGAAAUCAAGGAAAUGCCCUCAGGUUGGAGGGGGCAUGUUACCCAGCAGCCCAACCUGUUCCUGCCUCUUGGCACCUGCUCACUUGGCACAGGAAAGGAGCUUCUAGGAAGAGGUCUACCUGGUAUCCUCUGAACAGACAACCCCUCCUUUCUUUGGUUGUCCUACAUUCUCUGCAAGGAUCAAGUAGCUCGUUGUUAUAGAAAUUUCAGAAAACUACAAAAAAGCACCAACAGAGAAAUAGCAUGCUGGUAAUUGCUGUCCACCUCCUGUUUUGUUUCCCAUGUGUCUUUCUACAAAUUUUAGACAUGUCAUUUUCAUUGUUCCUAUUUGACCCAAGAAGACACUGUGUCACAUGUUAUAGAUGCUGUUUCUUCCUUCUUCAGCCCUUACAGUUUUCUUCAUUCUCAUAAUAAAUAUUUUUACUUUUAAAGUGGAAAAAAAAGGUUAGGGAUGUAGUUCAGUGGUAGAAUACUUGCCUAAUAUGCACAAGGCCCUAGGUUCAAUUCCCAGCAUUGCAAAAGAAAUAAAAAGAAAAAAAUGAUCAACCUUACAAAGGACUCUUUUUUAAGGCAUGACCCCAAUUGUGACAUUUGUUUCCCCCCAUCUGAGCCUGGCCUGUCCAUGUGUCCAAAGAGGAAGUACCUCAGCCCAGCUGGGGCCAUGCCAGGCUCCACCCACUUCGCUCCAGAGUCUUCUUCCUCCUGCUGGUCCUUUAAAUGCACCCCAAACACUUAGGCCACCAUCCGUCACCUGCGUUACCACUGGUCACCUACCUGCCACCAGUCACCUGCCUACUACCAACACCAUGCGCUGUCUCAUCAGCCUGGCCCUCGGCCUUCUCGCCCUGAAGGCAGUCCUUGCUCAGGACCCAACUUUCAUCUCACCAGUUCAGGUCAUGUGCCCUGAGCGCAGCUCCUCCAAGGAGAUGCCCUGUACCCCAGCCUGCCUCACCGAUGAGGACUGUCUCGGCAACACCAAAUGUUGUCCUAGUGCCUGUGGCCUCUCCUGCAGAACCCCAAUCAUCGAAGCUGCCCCAAAAGCUGGCAGUUGCCCCUGGGUGGACAACCAGAUCUCCCAGCUGUGUCAGGAGGAGGACCACUGCUCCCAUGACAGCGAGUGUGAUGGCGACAAGAAAUGCUGCAUGAGCGAUUGUGCUAGGAAGUGUCUGGACCCUGUCCAAGACCCCUAUCCAUUCUCCACUGUAGAGAGUCCUCUCCAGUAAGGAGCUCACCUGAAUCCCCUGACUGCCAGGAGAGUCCAUGUCCAGUCUGAACCCCAGCAAGAAUCUUCUCUCUUGGAUCCAGUGACCAUAUGUUGUCUCCUAUCUGCUGCUAAUAAAAACUCCAUUUGGCUUUAA